ACCUGAAGCACAAACGCCCUUAAGGCAUUAAAAGCGAUAUAAAAUCGAAAUUUCCCCUCAGACAUCACAGUUGAGCGAGUACUGAUCCAAUCAGCAGCGCAAAACUUAAUCACAAUCAACAUGAAAUUCAUCAUUGCCGUUUCUGCACUCCUAGCUUGUGCGGCUAGUUCUCCUACCGCAUACAUAGUACCACUAGCGGAAAUAUCAGCGCCCAUCGCGAGCCAAUACCACUCUCAAGAUAGCCUAGGACAAUACACUUACGGAUACGCUAAUCAUCUCAGUGCCAAAUCAGAAGCUAGAGCAUUUGAUGGAUCUGUUUUGGGAAGUUACAGCUACUUGGAUCCCAGUGGUAAGAUUCAGUCGGUAGAGUAUGCCGCUGACGAUCAAGGAUUUAGAGCGACGUCUUCUAAUUUACCGGUAGCUCCUGCAGUACCUGAAGUUCCUGUUGUUGCGGUUCCUGUUCCUAUUCAAGACACACCCGAAGUCGUAGAAGCCAGAGCGAAGCAUUUGGCUGCUGUAGAAGAAGCAAAGAGCCGUGCCGGCCAAGAUGAAAUUCAAGCUGAAGAUAGAAACUCGGUAGAAAUACCUGCCAUUAAAUCCGAUGUUGCUCUAAAAUCUGAAGGACAGAACCUGGCAAUAACAUCAUCAGUUCCUCUUUCUCCUAUUCCACUUUUAGCUUAUGGAUCUGCUGUAUAUGCCACACCUGGAGUAGCGAUAAAAUCAUUCGUAUCACCAACUUUAGCUCUUAGAGCCGCCCCUUCAUCUGCCUUUUCGUAUUCCUACGGAAUCAAUAAUAUAUAUGGCUACAACUCACUUUACUACCCAGGAUUCAGUACUUACUCUGCUCCGAUUACACAAGUUGUAACCAGUCCUGUAAUAGCUAGGAAUCUACUAGAACAUCCACACUUCCGUAAAAUUGAAGGAAAUAUAGUAAAAAUUGACAGUAACGUAGAAAAAUCUGAUCAAAUGAAACUCGAAAAUGUCGAAAAGCAAGAAAAAAUGGUAGAUGCAAGCUCCGAAGCCAGUCAAGCUAAAAUAUCUAAUAGCGAACAGUGAUUUUUUUCAUGUUGUGACUGAUCAUUUAGUGUAAUUAUUGUAAAUUUAACAAAAUUUGAAAAGAAAUUAAUAAAUCUAACAAAUUUUA